CUUCCGAGUGCACCUUCGUGGCAGCAGGUGAACCAGAAAGGACCAACGCGGCCCUCCCACCUCAAGCUCAGUUUUCAACUGGACCAUUAGCACGCAGGCUCCUGACACCUGGACCCCAGAGGAAGCAUGUCGUGCAGUGGGAUCAAGUCCUUCAUAGUCAGCCUGUCCCGGCGGAAGCCCCUGGAGCCCGAGGGAGAGGAGUCCACGUUUGUCCGAUGCCUGACCACGCUGGACCUGGUGGCCCUGGGGGUGGGCAGCACCCUGGGAGCCGGCGUCUACGUCCUCUCCGGUGAGGUGGCCAGAGCCACGGCCGGACCCAGCAUCAUCAUCUCCUUCCUCAUCGCCGCCGUGGCGUCCGUCUUCGCCGGGCUGUGCUACGCUGAGUUCGGAUCCAGGGUUCCCAAAACAGGCUCGGCCUACCUGUACAGCUACGUCACCGUCGGGGAGCUCCUGGCCUUCAUCACCGGAUGGAAUCUGCUGCUCUCCUACGUCAUAGGGACCUCAAGCGUUGCUCGGGCAUGGAGUGGCACCUUUGAUGAACUCGUAGGAGGGGUCAUGGCAGACUUUUUUGGAAAACACACCUCCAUGAACGCACCUGGCCUGGCCCCUUACCCAGACUUCUUUGCUGCUGGUCUUAUUUUGCUAUUGGCAGGCCUUCUGGCGUUUGGGGUGAAGGAGUCAACAACGAUUAACAAGGUCUUCACAGCCGUCAACAUUGUGGUGCUGCUGUUCGUGGUGGUCGCCGGCUGCAUUAAGGGAGAUAUCGCCAACUGGCACAUCACCAUCGAUACCCUGCUGAACAGAUCGGACAUAUCCUCAAACCUUACCCCCACAGCCAACCUUACAACAAGUGAUUUCGGAACUGGGGGUUUCUUCCCUUAUGGUUUUGAAGGAACACUGGCCGGAGCUGCUACUUGUUUCUACGCUUUUGUUGGAUUUGAUUGUAUCGCAACCACAAGUGAGGAGGUGAAAAACCCUCAGAAGUCCAUCCCCAUCGGCAUCGUGGCUUCACUGCUGAUCUGCUUCCUGGCUUACUUUGCCGUGUCGGCUUCGCUCACGCUCAUGAUGCCCUACUACCUGCUCGAUCUCCAAAGUCCGCUACCGGUGGCUUUUGAGUACAUUGGCUGGGCUCCUGCCAAAUACGUAGUGGCGGUUGGUUCACUCUGUGCCCUGUCUACAAGUCUGCUGGGAUCCAUGUUCCCAAUGCCCCGGGUGCUCUUCGCAAUGGCCCGAGAUGGCCUGCUCUUCAAAUCCCUGAGCAAGGUCAGCAGCAGGGGGAGUCCCGUUGUGGCUACACUGUCUUCUGGAGUUGUGGCAGCCUUCAUGGCGCUGCUGUUUGACCUGAAGGCCCUGGUGGAUAUGAUGUCCAUUGGAACCCUUUUUGCGUACACCCUCGUGGCUAUAUGCAUUCUAAUACUCAGAUACCAGGAAGACGAGUCGGAUGCCUCAGAAGAAAUAAUGGUCGAAACAUCGACCAAAUGUGGAUGCAUAAAGACUCCCUCCUAUCCCAACUCCAAAACCUCAAACAGAGUUACCAUGUUAACAGUGUUUUCCAUUGUGUGUGUGAUUGGGCUCUGUGUGAUCCUUGCCCAAGCCAUGUACGCUCUGCAGGAGCAACAUGCGUGGAGUCUGGUGUGUGUCUCCAUACUGGUCGCUGCGCUGGUGGUCACAGUGGUGGUCAUCUGGACACAACCACAGAACCCUAAGAGGGCCUCUUUCAUGGUGCCGUUUAUUCCGGUCCUGCCUGUUUUGAGUCUGUUCAUCAACGUCUACCUGAUGGUGCAGCUUGGACCAGACACCUGGCUCCGAUAUGGUGCCUGGAUGUUAGUGGGGUUCAUCAUCUAUUUUGGCUAUGGAGUCCGACACAGUGUUCAGAAGAGGCGUGAACAGUCCAACACAGAAGAAAAAACAUUCCCAUCCGUAAGCAGAGAAAUAGACAGAGAAGACAGAGAAGGCAGAGAAGAUAUGCCCCCGGAAACUAAGUUCUGAGCCAGGCUGUAGGGUAUGAUAUUUGUUACCGCGUGUGUCUACUGUUGAGACUGUUGUCAGUCAGUAGGAUUAUACUGUAUUGUAUGCCCACAGACUUAGGGUCCCAUGCGUUUGAAUGUGUGACUGUAUUACAUGGUAAUAUAGUUUGUGCCUGUACAUACUGUACAUAUUUUAACGUGGCCUUCCUGUGGUAUAAGCAAUAGAAAGCCAUUUGACUGGAACAUUUUAACUGUGUAAAAUAAGAUUUAAAGUGAAGAAAUUUCAUGUGAAGUUGUGUACAGAGAAUGGGAUUUUUUUUAACGAGAAAACAUAAAACUGUACAAUAUAAAAUAUUGCUUGAGUGUUUAUAAAGGCCAAUUUAAAUAAUAACAAUAAAUGUUUACAUUCUACUUUUCAAGAUGUAAUUUAGAGCACAACUUCAGAAGAUGUGUAUUUGUUUAUUUAUGUUUGCAAAGAUAGA